GAUGCCGCCGCCAAGGCAUCUGUCGAUGAGGUUGCUGCCGGUCUUUAUGCAGGCUGGCCUGCUGAGCGUCGUGAUGCUGACGCCAAGGCAUCGGUUGAUGAGGUUGCUGCCGGUCUUUACGCAGGCUGGCCUGCCGAGCGUCGGGAUGCCGACGCCAAGGCAUCGGUCGAUGAGGUUGCCGCCGGUCUUUAUGCAGGCUGG